UCGGAUUACCAGGCGGGAAGUACAACAAUUGCACUACUUCAAGUUUCCUACUCAUCAAUCCUCCAUAUGCCCAUGUCCGCAUGUCAUAUUGGUUCCGUGGUUACUCCGCUAGCAGUUUUAAAUCGAUUACCAGGUUGGCUUGGAACUCUGGUUAUCAGUCCUGAUGGAUCAGUUUUACAAUCAGCUGGAGAAUUAGUAAAUAAUAAGGAUUUGGCUCAAACUUUUGCUGCAAUCGCCAAUCGAGUUGGUCGUUUAUUAAACAUGGAAGGUGAAAGGAAAACACAACAACUUAAAAGACUGACUGUACAUUUUGAGCAUUCAAUAUAUAUUAUGACAUGCGUUGGUGAUACAAUCUAUGUAGUGAAACGCUUACCAGACAAUCAUAAUACAGCACAUACAGAUUUGUAUCAGCAUGUACAACACAUGAAAUCUGAUAAUAAUAGUAAUAAUAAUAAUAACAAUAACAACAACAAUCCUAUUGGGAUACAACAUACUGCCAAUAAUGUUACUAACGAUAGUAGUAAUAAUAAUAAUAAUUUAACUGUAGUGGAUAAUCAUGCACCUCAGCAGUUCUUUAAUCCACGCAAUUCAGAUGAUUACUGACAGUUGAAUAUAUAUUUAUGCAACAUAUAUGAGAAAAAGAAACUAUUUGUAUAUCUUGUUAAUUUAUUUUGAGCACAAUGACUAUGAUGAUAAAAAGGUUGUGACAUUGGUAGUUUUUACUGCCUUUCUGUAAAUAAUUACAACUUUUCGCCUUGAUUUUUCUCAUCUUAUUUAUUUGAUUCAACUGCAGAAUAAAUUUCUUCUUUAGUAA